AUGAGGCAACACGCACUUACUCUCACAGACUUGUUGCGAAGCUGGUCAUGAGUAAAAAGACAAAUGGAGUUCCUGCUUGUUGUGGCCUUCGCACUGCUUGUAGUGUUCCUGUACGUCCGAAACGUCAGGUUGAGAAGGAAAUACCCACCAGGGCCUCGUGCCUGGCCGAUCGUCGGUAACCUGCGCGAUCUCGCCCGGGGAGAACACCGAGUGUUCGCUGAAUGGCGACUGAAAUAUGGCGACGUCUUCACUGUGUGGCUCGGCCCUCGACCCGCAGUCGUGCUGAACGGACAGGACACUGUGAAAGAGGCUCUGCACAAACAUGGCGACAUCUUUUCGUCUCGUCCAGAUCUGUUCCUGUGGAGACGAACAAUACGGACCAGAGGAAAAGGUAUUGCUACGGCUCCCUUCAGCCGCGAGUGGAAGGAGACCCGAAAGGUGGCUCUGACUUGGCUCAACGCCUUCGGGGCAGGGAAACAGAGUCUGGAGCCGACCAUCGUGCAGGAGGCGCAGGAUCUGGUCCAAGUUUUCAAGGAUAAACAGGGCCAGCCGUUCGACCUAACAGUACCUCUAAGUCUGGCGGCUUCCAAUGUGGUCUGUUCCCUUGUGUUCGGCAGGAGGUUCAACCACGACGACGAACGGUUCUGUCGCCUAAUGGAGAUUCAAAGUCGAUACUUCCGGUCAAAUGCGUCAGCUCAGGCGUUGAAUGUUUACCCAAUCCUGCGGCACGUCCCGUCUGUCCGGCGGAGGAUGGAGGAGGUGGUGACGUGCAGCGACGAGCUUCGCAGCUUCGUCAUCGAAGUCAUCCAGGAGCACAGGGAGACCUUUGACCCGAACAACAUCAGGGACGUCAUCGAUGGUUUCCUGCUGGAGGAGCACCAAGGGAACAGAGUUUUGUCCGAACUGCCAGAGGACAACAUCAUCAAUGCCAUCAGAAAUCUCUUCCUGGCAGGAUCCGACACCACCGCCACCACGCUCCGCUGGGCCCUACUGUACCUGGUUAUGAACAUGGAUGUGCAGCGUAAAGUACAGGACGAGAUCGAUGUGUCACUUAGGAAACAGACCCCGUCUAUGCUGCUGCGAGACCACCUUCCCUACACGGAGGCGACCAUACGUGAGGCCCAGCGGAUUCGCACCAUCGCUCCUUCCUCUAUCCCCCACGAAACCACAGCUUCUGCUACCAUCUUGGGACAUCAGAUCCCCGCUGGCACCUUCAUACUGCCCAACCUGUGGUCUCUCCACAUGGACCCGAAGUACUGGCCCGAUCCGGAGAGGUUCGACCCGACCCGAUUCCUGGACGCCGACGGGCAGCUGGCACCGGGGACAGAGUCCUUUUUACCGUUUAGCAUAGGUCCCCGAAGGUGCCUCGCAGAACAGCUGGCCAAGUUCGAUUUGUUUCUCUUCUUCACUUCCCUCUUGCAGCGGUUCACGUUCAAGCUGCCAGAGGGCGCUCCACCACCGGACACUGAGGGCAUUUUCGGGUUCGUGUUUUCUCCGAAGCCAUUCGAAAUCUGUGCAAUCCCUCGAGUUUGAGCAGGGCACUAACUAAGUCGUACUAAUAACUUCUCGUAGUAUAUCAUCUAAUACGACAGAAACGUGGAGCAGGCAUAGGAUGAUAAUAGUUAUGCAAUGUAUAGGUGGAUGGGAGAUAAUGUAUACCUUAUUACGUGUUCACAGCUACAACACUGGGUUCCCUUUGUUUAAUCAUUCUGGGUAGCAUGUACACCAACUAUAGUUUACUAAAUCAUUAGUUAAGUCAGACUUUGUCUCUUGGCUACCCUCACGCCGGGUUGAUGUACAUGGCAGAAAUCUCAGAAAUUCGCUCGACAUAAGCCAGUUUAGGUGCAGAACGUCCCGUUUCUUGAACACUACUCUGCCGUACUGUGUUAAGCUUUUGAAUGGUGAAAAAUGAUUCACGUACAUCAGUUUCACAUAUACAAACCUGCAUUUUAUAACUUUGCAUUAUUUCUGUAAUUUUAACCGAAAGAAACAUUCAAUCUACUGUUUUUAUAUUACAUUAUUGUAUUUUAACGUGUGGUAAAUCUUAAUGUAAGCUAGAUAUGUAACGAGUAGGUUUUUAUCAAUUGUAAAGAAUUUUUAACAAAUAGCUAAUCUAUAAGCGCAUUUUGUGUUGUAUUUUAAAGCCUUUCCAAUUCAGCCAAAUAUGGCUGCUUACAGGCUUUUAUGUGUACUUUGUGUAAGGCACAAAUAAACCAGUCU